AUGGAAGACAUAAGCAGGUGGCUAUCCUUCUAUGUGAAUGAGAGUGUAAACCAUGACUUUGCCAUCAGAAGGUAUUGCCCGGCUAGAAUGGAGCAAGAGCAAGGAGGAGAAUGCCAAGGCAAAGAGGCAUUAGUACUUGAUGACACUGAAUUAUGUUCUUCUGAUGCUACCAGCACUCCUUGGUUGGCUUCAUCAGAGGUUGAUGACUUUGUUGACAGCUUCAUCAACAUGGAUCAGUAUGAGUAUGAAGAUCAAGGGUCCCAAGAGAGGCAUCAAAGUUUUGAUCACUUUGUGGUGAAUGAUGAGGAUGAGGCUGAUGCAUACUCCACGGUGAAUGAUAUAUUUGGAUAUGUUCCAAUUACUAUGGAGGAUGAAGAAUUGGAGAUGUAUGAAUGUGUCACAACAGUCAUGGAGGAGGAAGAAGUUGAAAUGAAUGGCUCUUUUGGUGCUAUACCUGAGCUUGUGCCUUGUCCACAAGAGCCCAGCCUUGGUAUGGACCAAGGGUUAGACUUGGUUCAUAUGCUGUUGGCUUGUGCUGAGGCUGUGGGGUGCAGAGACAACCAGCAGGCAGAGUUGUUACUUAGCAGAAUUUGGGCUUUGGCAAGUCCUUCAGGAGACUCAUUGCAGCGAGUCUCCUACUGCUUUGCCACAGGAUUGAAGUCUAGGUUAUCACUUCUUCCUCAAAAUACACUCACAACUUCUGCUAUUGAUGUGCCUUUGAUCACUAGGGACAAUAAGCUGGAAGCCUUUCAGCUUCUUUACCAAACCACACCUUAUAUUGCAUUUGGUUUCAUGGCUGCCAAUGAGGCCAUAUACCAAGCAUCACAAGGAAAGAGCUCAAUACACAUAGUUGAUUUGGGAAUGGAGCAUACCCUUCAGUGGCCUUCCCUGAUAAGGGCCCUUGCUUCAAGGCCUGAUGGUCCUCCAAAGCUCCGGAUCACAGGAUUAACCGGCGAUGAAGACAAUCUAAAACUUCAAGCUAGCAUGAAUGUGCUUGUGGAGGAAGCAAGCUCAUUAGGAAUACCUCUUGAAUUCCACAUAAUUUCUGAUCCUGCAAUUUCAUCACUUCUUACUAUGGAGAAGCUGAGCUUGAGAGAAGGUGAAGCUCUAUUCGUUAAUAGUAUCUUGCAGUUACACAAAUAUGUCAAAGAAAGUAGAGGCUAUUUGAAGGAAAUUCUCCAAUCAAUAAAGAAGCUAAGUCCAACUGUACUUACAGUGGUAGAGCAAGACACAAACCAUAACGGUCCUUUCUUCCUUGGGAGAUUUUUGGAGUCACUUCACUAUUACUCGGCCAUAUUUGAUUCUCUUGAGGCAAGUAUGCCAAGAAAUAGCCAACAGAGAUUGAAAAUAGAGAGAUUACAUUUUGCAGAUGAAAUUCGAAAUAUUGUAGCUUUUGAGGGACCAGAUAGAGUAGAAAGACAUGAGAGGGUAGACCAAUGGAGAAGGCAAUUAGGCCGAGCAGGAUUUCAGGUAAUGCCACUCAUGUGCACAAGUCAAGCUAGAAUGAUGCUUUCUGUUUAUGAUUGUGAUGGAUAUACAUUGUCCAGUGAGAAGGGUAACCUUCUACUUGGGUGGAAAGAAAGGCCAGUAAUGAUGGCUUCUGCAUGGCAAGUGGCAAGUGUGUGA